CAAGUACUCCUGCAGAAUCUUCGGUGAUGCGGUGAAAUGGACAACACAGUGCAGUGCGAUUCAUAAAAUGUGAACAUUAUUCAGACUAGAGGACAUAUCGAUUGGCUUCAACACUGAAAGAGUGGAAUAGAAUAGUGAAUGGAAUAGUAUAAACGAUAGAUAAACAUCUUAUAAAGAAAAUUUUUGAAUAUAAAUAUGUAUCAAUAUAAGAUACAUCUAUAUAUUUGUGAUUGGAGAUAUCAAAAACUGAUAGACAUGAACUGAAGGUAAACGAUGGCAUCAGGAAGAAGCCGUGAUUUGGCAGGAGGCCAAUAUCCAUUGUUGAUAUUUGACGAUGACGUUGAUGUCGUAGUUCAAGAUGAUGAAACCAAUCCAGCCAACAGGGGACGCGGGAGAGGACGAGGCAGAGGCCGUGGGUGCUCUGCAGGGCGGGGUCGCAUACGUAGAAGAUCGUCAUCUGAUCGUGAACCAAACCAGUCUAAUAAAGGAUCUGAGCCAUAUUCGAAAAAUAACCAAUCUGACAAAAGGCGUGGUCAGAAUGGCGAAAGACGGGCACGCUUUGGGCAUGUUCGAGGAACAGGCCGUGGACAAGACCAAUCAAGGCUUAGGCAAGACGGCAUGAACGAAAGUGGGCUGGAUCAUACAAAUGAAGAUGAUUCUACUCGCAGGCAAAGAUCGGAAACAAGAACAAUGGCAUUUGGAAAACUGAAAUCAUUAGCUGAAAAAGAAUGUGAUCCAGACGACAUUUUGAUGGACUUAUUGCAAUCUAGAAGUGGGUUUGUAGAACUUGUACAUUCGUCUUUUGAUUUUAAGGAUAAUGCUUUUUAUAUAUUAAAGGUACUAAACAUUGCAUCAAAAGCAACACUGAACCCUCUCAAUCUAAGACAACUGCUUGAAAAUGUGCAUGAGAAAAUGCUCCCUGCUUUGAUUAAUCUCCUCAGCAACAUAUUGAUGAAAGACAGAAAUGCAUUUUUGCUUUGGAAUAAUGAAGACAAACUUGACAAAUUUUUAUACUAUGUCUCUGAUUUCACCCAAACAUUGAUGUCGGUACUUCCAAAUACCAUCACAAACUGCCACACAAUAAUUUUGAGUUUAAAUGCCAUGAGUAUAUCCUUUCCGCAAAUCAGUAGCGUUGCUGUGUAUGUAAACAACGUCCAGGAAGUAUUCAACAAAGUCAGGGAGGAAAAAGAAAGGAGCCAAGCAAAGCCAAAGGUAAGAACAAGACCACUAUAUAAAGAUGACGAAAACUCAACACCACCCGAUGACUUUCGACAGAUAUCAAUAUUUCCAAGAAUGGAAGACAUUCAUUUGAACGAAGCUCCCUUUUUACGAGCCAACAAAACCAAAGGUAGGUAUGUCUCUGUAGAUACUUACCUUGAUAUUCAGUUUCGUCUUCUGCGGGAGGAUUAUGUUCAACCAUUGCGCCAAGGAAUUUUAGAGUAUAGGCAGUGCGUGAAGGAAGGUGUCAGCGUGAAGCGAUUGAGAAACGUCCGGAUUUAUCAAAACAUACAAAUAUUGCGACCAGUAUGCUCGAGUAAUGGAAUCAAUCAUAUCUUGCAGUUCGACAACUCUCAAUUCAAACACAUUAACUGGACAGCAUCAAGGCGUCUCUUGUUCGGUUCUCUAGUAUGCUUGUCUAGCGAUGACUUUGAUACUGUUUUAUAUGCAACAGUGACAGAUCGAAAUCCAAAAAACUUAAGCGAAGGCAAUAUUGAAGUUCACUUUGACGGAAUAGACACUGAAAUUUUAGAUGCGCACAAAAAUGACACCUUCGUUAUGGCUGAGACAACAGCUUAUUUUGAGGCGUAUCGAUAUGUUCUUGAAGGACUUCAGGAAAUGGAUGAAACUAUGCCAAUGUCAAGGUAUGUGAUAGAUUGUGAAACGCAGAUAAAGCCACCAUCUUACCUUCUCGGUCUUGGCGGUCCGAAAUACAAUUUUGGAACCCUGUUGGUGAAAUCUUCAUACAAAAGAUCAUUUCCUGUCUUGAAUACCGUUGGAUGGCCUAGUGCUUUGGAACUUGGGUUAGACACUUCACAAUACAAAGCGCUUCAAGCGGCAAUCACAAAGGAAUUCGCAAUUAUUCAGGGUCCUCCAGGAACUGGAAAGACUUUCGUCGGAUUGAAAAUUGCUAAACUUCUGUUAGAAAACAGUGCGUUUUGGAAAACUAAAGCUGAUCAAAGCCCAAUCCUGGUUGUGUGCUUCACAAACCACGCGCUAGAUCAGUUUUUAGAAGGCAUCUAUCAAUACUGCGGAGAGGAAGGUAUUGUGCGGAUAGGUGGUCGUUGUCAGAAUGAUACGCUGCAACCUUUUGUUCUUCGGAAUCUCAAGAAAACUCGUAGGGAACAAAAAGCUAGAACUUUCAAACUUAUGCAAAGUGAACGAGAUUGUCGUACACAGCUUAGAACAAGCGAAAAACAAAUCACUGAUAUAAGUGUGAAACUCAGAAAAACGACCCAAGAUAUUCUCCCGUUUACAAUUUUGAAGAAACAUAUGAAUGAUCAACAUAGAGAAGAAUUUGAAAACGAAUUUAAAAACGAAGAGACACUGAAAAAUUGUUUGUAUCAGUGGUUAAAUUUCUGUCCAUUUGAAGACGACGGUGUUGGCUUGGUGGAUUCUUCAAGAGCCAUAAGAAAUGAAUGGGUUUCAUUUAUACUGACAGAAGUAGAACCUCUGCCAAACCAAGAAAUCCAAACAAUCGACGAUGUUUGGAAUACCGAUCUUUCUAGAAGGGCAGGGAUAUAUAAAUGCUGGCAAAGGGAAUGCAUGCAAAACAUAACAAAAGAGUUGUUAUCUGCAUAUCCGGGUAUUCUGAAAAGAUGUGAAGAACAGAUUUUGACUUUUACUGAGAUACAACGUCUAUUGGUCAAACCAAAGUCAAAUGCUCAGUUGAAAAGUUUGCUGCACGGUGCAAACAAUAACAAAAACUGUGUACAUCUGUGGCUUAAUCUUGAUGAUUCAACUACUCUAGAAACAGUGAAGGAAACAAUGGAUGAGAUUCAAGUCGGUGGACACGUGGAGGAAAAAGACACUGAGUUGGAAGAAGCAGACCUCGAAGAAGAUCGUGCAUUAGAUGAUGAUGAUUUCGAUGAUGAUUUUUUGGUUGGUUAUUCAUCAAAAGAUCACGAAAAGGAUAAUAGAAAAAUCAAGGGCAUAAAAUCUGACGGCGACUGGUUUGUGAAAUGGAAUAGUAAGAAAAAGGCUAAAAAAGUAAAACGCAUUCUGAAUGAAGCAAAACCAAUGUCUGAACGAGAUGCUCAAAACAUAUGUGGUUUGUUUAGCUUAAAAAGUGACAAACUUAGAUAUUCCCUGUAUGCUUUCUGGCUUAGAAAUUAUCGGGAAUAUUUGAGAUCUUCAGUGAAGGAAUUCGAAAAAGCAUUUCGGGAUGCAACCGCGAGACUUCAAGAAGUCAGAGACAUGGAAACCGUCCAAAUACUGAAUGACUCCGUGGUUGUUGGCAUGACAACUACAGGAGCUGCAAAAUACAGAAAACUCUUGCAAAAGGUACAACCUCAACUCAUCAUUGUGGAAGAAGCUGCAGAAGUUCUCGAAUCCCACAUUAUCACCACGUUGAAUGCCAAUUGCAAGCAUCUUAUUUUGAUAGGGGACCAUAAACAGCUGCGCCCUUCAACCACUGUCUAUGAACUAUCAAAGAAGUAUGCAAUGGAUAUCUCCUUGUUUGAACGAAUGGUCAAAAACAGCGUACCGUGUGUUACUCUCGAAGAACAACACAGAAUGAGACCUGAAAUAUCUAGUCUUCUGAGAAGAGAAAGACUGUAUCCUGGACUUCGCGAUCAUUCCAGCGUCUUUGAGCAUGAGAAAGUGAAAGGCGUAGACGUGAACAUGCAGUUCAUUAGUCACGAAGAGGGAGAAGUGUGCUCAGGUGAAUCAACCAGUUAUUCAAAUACGCAUGAGGCGAAAUACAUAGCUGCUCUUUGUCGAUACUUUUUAAACCAGGGUUAUGCAAGGGACCAAAUAACUGUCUUAACGCCGUAUAUGGGCCAAGUUCUUCUUCUACGGAAAGAAAUGCCAAAGUCAUUAUUUGAGGGUGUUCGCAUUACAGCUGUUGACAAUUUUCAAGGUGAAGAAAAUGAUAUAAUUCUACUUUCUCUUGUACGCAGCAGCGAAGUUGGAAAUGUCAGAGGUCGCAAUCCAAUUGGUUUUGUUGGUAUUGAGAAUCGUAUUUGCGUUGCACUUUCGCGUGCAAAGGUCGGUAUGUUUGUACUGGGAAACUUUUCACUGUUUGAAAGUUGUAGUGACAUGUGGAAAGAGAUUCUAUGCGAGGUUAAGGAAAAGGGCUCGGUGAAGAGCUCUCUUUUGCUUAGGUGUAGCAAUCAUCCCCAAAAUACGACAAUUGCCAAAACAGCAAGCGAUUUUCUGAGUGUUCAAGAAGGGGGGUGUAAAGUACCGUGUGGGAAAUACCUGCCUUGUGAACACAUUUGCCCACGGACAUGCCAUACAUAUGACAUGGAGCACAAAAAAGUCGUUUGUGUGAGACCAUGUAAGAAAGCUGUCAAAGGUUGUCCAUUUGGACAUCCAUGUACCAAGAAAUGUCAUCAAGAAUGCGGCAGAUGCGCUACAAAUGUAGAAAAAACUGUGCCUGUUUGUGGACAUAAAGCUAAAAUGGCUUGCUAUAUGGAUCCAUAUAAAUGGGACUGCAAAGAACAGUGUCCAACUAUUUUAUCCUGUGGUCAUUCAUGUGGAAAGAAAUGUUCUGAUUGCACGAAAAAUCGACAACAUGAAAAUCAGUGCAAAAAAAAGGUUGAGCGAAUUUUGCCAUGUGGACAUACGGUUCGAAUGCUUUGCUACCAUAAUAUCAAGGCGGUGGUAUGUCCAGCACCAUGUAGUGGCGUCCACGAUUGUGGUCAUCAAUGUUCUGGAACUUGUGGACUUUGCCAUGGUGGUAGGAUCCACAAAACAUGCAGGGGCAGCUGUGGGAAGACAUUGCCCUGUGGUCACAAGUGUACAUACCCGUGCAGUGAUAUUUGCCCACCAUGUAGUCAGAUUUGCCAAUGGAGCUGUUCUCAUGGCUUAAAAUGUAAGCUUAAAUGUUCUCAGCCUUGCGUGAGAUGCACGGAAAAAUGUCAGUACAGAUGUCAACAUGGCAAAUGCGACAAUGACUGUCACGAACCAUGCACUGUAUCUGCUGCAUGCAAUGGAAUGUGUUCGAAAAUUCUGCCAUGCACUCAUAAAUGCUCAGGAUUGUGUGGAGAAGUAUGUGUAUGCCUAACUUGCAACGAAAAACAUUUAAGAAAUGAUAUAGGUCAAGUAUUUGAUGAAAGCAGUAUGUUCAUGCAGCUACCUGAUUGUAAAUGUAUCUUUGAAGUUGGACGUCUAGAUAAACACAUGAAAACACCAACUCAAUCAAAAAGAGGUAGUAUUAUAAAAGCAUGUCCAUUUGACGAAUGUGGAAAAGCAAUACGAUCUGAGAUUAAACGAUACUCUUCUAUUCUAAAGGGAAUCCGCUCAGCUGUUGUUCAAAAGUUUGAAGAGUUACAAGGGAAUGGAGCGAGGCGACAGUAUAAAGUAGCUGAGCUUACUAAGAAAACACACAGCAUGAAAGCACUAGGCAUGGCCGAUGCAGACAUUGUAAAGUUGCUUAAACCUUUGCAGACACAAACUUUUGGUGGAGUUCAUAUCACUGAAAAGAAGUUGGAAAAAAUAGAAGAUAUCAUGAAACAAACACAAAUAAUACAAGACGCAAAAAAACAAAAAGUGAUCGGUGACUUCCAGCUGGAAGGCAUUUUAGAUCCACUGAGCCUGAAAGAUAUCAUUCUUGAAGAAAGAAGGUUUGCCACCAAUCAGUUUUGGGAUGAGAUAUCAACUGAAAUUGAAAGAAUAGCAAUUGGACUGAAAUUCGCUCUCUUUAAAGCGUUUUGCAAAAUCAGUGACCAACAACCUAUAUUCUCAGAAGUACUUGAAAUGAGUUUUCAAGUCCUUGCCAAAAAAGACUUUGAUAUUGGAAAAAGGGAAGAGCUGAAGUCUGUAUCUAAGGAGUUGAAAUCGUUUCUUGACGGAAAAACAACCUCUCCAGACUUGAUGGUUACUUUGACUCGUCUGCAAUUAGCUUAUACUGGAGUUGGAAGCAAACGCCAGACUGAAAGCAAUAGACAUGACUCAAACAGAAAAACUGAACCUGUUUCUCAAAAUAAGAAUUUAGUCCCUCGUAAAUCAAAAAUAGAGACUACAAAAGUGGUGGGGGCAGAAGGACAAACAGAGGUGUAAACAACGGUCCAAACACCAGGCAAUACUUCGUGUACGGGUAUAUAGUUAAGACUUUUGCUACCCGGCUUGUCUCUAGAAUCGGUUUGUCUCUCGAUCUAAUUUAUUUAAGAUCUAGCGGUUCAAGGAUGUUUGCAACAGGUAAUAGUACUAGUAUCAUAUGUCUUAGGUGGAGAAAAUACAAUACCAAUUUUGAGAUAUAUGAAAAUGGAAACACUGAGCCAAUGUCAUACGCUGGUCUGUUGCUUUUUUGUUGUUGAAAAGGCGCUUUACUUGGCAAUUAUUAACGUCAUAGAGUUAUAAGCAUCAUAUUCGUUUGCCUUGUGAGGCAUGUGCAUAUGUCACUGGGAACAUAUAUACCGAAUUCCAUUUGAUUAUUUUUAACGGUCAACUUUUUUCUUCAAAAUUCACAAAAGCUAAAAAUGUACUUCAUAGAAAUUCACAAAAGCUAAAAAUGUGCUUCAUAAUACUAGUAUAAAUAAAAACCUAUGCAACCAGUUACACGUAUUUUUACCGUCAAAUUGUCUUAUGUUGUGUUUUUUUCUCAUGCACUUUUGAAAGUUUGUUGUUAUUUUUGUUGUGCCAUAAUGAAUAUCAUAUCUUAGGUUACCACUGUAUAUAACAAUUAUACUAAAUUGGUGAUUGUUAAGUCAUAAAUAUAGCGUUUUCAUGCGUGCGUGUGCGUGUGUUUGUGAUAGUAUACAUGUGCAUAUUUCCACGUCACCGUUAUCAGUGUUUUGGACAAGUCAUGUUUGUAUAUAUUUUUGUGUGAUUUUAUAUUUACAUGUAAGAGUCUUUAUUGGUUGAGAUCUACGAAUAAACAGAAAAGUACUGCUUGAAAAGUCUCUGCUUAAUUUUGUAUAUACAUAAAGUUGGUUUCUUCAAAGCAUUUUUUGCCUGUGUUUAUAUAAAUAUAUUAAGUGUUAUCUUUUACAAAUUUGGCCAAUGUAGGAAUUAUACUGGCGCAAUCCAAUGACAUUUUAUUUAACUCGCAUGAAAACGUGUAUAUAAUACAAAAUCUUUGUUGCUUAGAUAAACAAAGCUUCGAAUUGCGUCGAAAUAGAUACUAUACACUUUUCUCCAAUAACGUUAUAAAUAUUGGAUCACGUAAGCGGUAAAGCAAUUGUUGUUUUCUAUGUUUACUAUAAACACAGAGAAUAUUUAUAUUGUAUAACCAUGUACGAUGUUGAAUAUAUAUGAUACUUUUGUUCAUCUUAGCAUUGCAAAUAUAAUACAUUUAUGUUUAGAAUUGUGUGCGAUAUGUAAACAAUUGAUGUAUUACAGUUAUAAUUUUCAACAUUUAAUCAAGUGGUAUGAUUAAAAAGUAUUUUGUGUUCAUUCUUGAAAAUUGUUGUACCGGAAAUGUCUAUUUUUAUAUGUUUAUGUUGUAUAUAACUCAUUGGCUGAAAGACUAAAGUAAGAUAAAAUUCUUCUUCUUCUUUUGAACAUUGGACUUAUUUUGAUGACAUUAACACAACAUUUCAUGAACACAACAAAUGUUGUAACUUAAUUAUUCAGAAAGAUGAACAGUAACUAACAACACAUAAAACCGAUUGUUCAGAACUUCGUUAACGCAAUCGUUGUUGACGUUAGAGUCUUUACUGUACUAAGAAUUACUUUUGUGAUCUGGAGUGUUUCUAACAAGAUUUGAGAUAACUGCUACAGCUGCACUUGUUUUAUGCAAAAAUAUGAGUCCACUAUUUUACCUUUUAAAGUUAACAAAGAUGUUGUAAACAACGUUGUUAACUUUUACAAUGAUCUGAAAAAUCUGCCCAGUAUAUACAAUUUUUUCUUUUUAUCGUUUUCGGUGAAAUGACUUUGUUUAUACUUUUUGACUGUUGAUACUUUUUAACAAAGUGAAUUUAUUCAAUUGCUAUCAUUUUAUUAUAUACCAGGUAUAUAUAUAUAUAUUAAACCGUUGUAAUUUGUUUUUAGAAUAUUAUUAAACAAAUAUUAUUACUCUAUAUUUUUAAUGUGAGUGAUACCGAUAUGCAGUUGUUCUGAUUAAAGAUGCACUCUUACUCCCAAAUAAGAUGUAUCACAAUUAAUACAAUUGCUUUUAAUUACUGAAAACGAUGAAUAAAUUUUGAAAACAUUGUAUCUUAUGAAGGAAACCGUGUUUAAUAUGAAAAGACGAAAACACGGUAUUUCUACCUUAUGAGACGAUAGUUGAUCACUGUGAAUCUUUUAGCACUCACCAAUCAUUUAAUAUUUGUGAGUUUUCAGCUGUUAAAUGCACGGUUACCAUCUUGUUAUCAGUCUAUAUAAAAUGCAGUAUUUAAGUAGUUAAAGGUUUAUCACUCAAAAAUUAUAUUUGUUAUACUUGUGUAUGCAUUGAUUUUUAAUAUAUAAUAGAUUUGAGUGUCACUUAACACUUAUCUUUGUUGUGUAAAUAAAAAAGUCAAUA